ACUCUCCAGUCUUCAUCAGGUUUCUUGGAGAUAUUUCGAACCUGGGUUCUCAUUCCUAAGUCGACCAACUCAGCUGCCUGAAUUUUCUGCAAUGGAGUUAGAAUCGUUUCCUUGGAACAGAAAAUAACGUGAAGGACGCGUUUGAUUAAUUACAAUGGAUAUCGAUGGAUAUCACAAUUUUGUAGGAGAAUAUGUCUCAAAUCCACCCCCUAAACCGGCCCAUGGCAUCAUGAGAACAGAGUUUUCAAUGCCGGUUCCAAGUACGACACAUUAUAAUGAAGAAGUUGCUGAGGUCAAUGACAACAUAGUUCUACGAAGAAAGUCAAAUGAUGCUAAAAAAUUUGUGCAUUUCCGUGAAUCUCGUGAUAUCACAUACUAUCCAGAACCUUAUGAAACGAUAGUGACUUCUAGUAAGGGGGAAUUUGACCAAUGUGAUGUCCAACCGUCUUCAGUUUGUCCGUCUGAACAGAAUAAUGAUAUAUGUGAUCUAGAUAUGACUGUUGUAUCUGGCUAUAGUUCGGAUGGAAGGGCCUUGAGUGGAGAAUAUAAUGGUGGCUAUCCUCUAAGAAUGCCAUAUAAUGAUGAAAAGAAGCGAUUCAUGAACCAUCCUAUUAGAAGUGAUAUGCGAAAGGAAAAGGAAAAUGUUACCUAUCCAAGCCAACCAGCAGUGCUCAAUUCCAAAGUUUCUAGUCGACCUCAAUAUCUUGACAUCCAAGAAGACAGCUAUUCAAUUACCGCUGGUCAAACAACACAGCCAAAGCUUAAAAUUCGACCGGAAAACCCCGCGGAUUCUUUAGUUAGUAGUCUGAAAUUAUCUGCUAUCGGGCCGGUGUAUGUACUAAACAGGAAUACUUCAACAAGAUCCUCAGGAACUUUUAUUUCUCUAAUUGGAAGAGUACCAAUUGAUGUAAAUAAAAUGAAACACCCGUCAAGAGAAUGUGUACCAAAACCUGUGAUUUUGACCAAAAACAUACAAAUCUUGCAGAAAUCUCUGGAUAACGAAGCUAUGGAUCAAAUACAAGAUAUCCAGAAAGCUUGGACCCAACGCAAUGGAGACUAUGUCGAAAGGAAAGAAAUUAAUGGCCAUUUCAAUGAAUUCUAUGUCAGUGAGAAUUAUGGUGAGCAAACCAACAACUAUUGUUUUGAAGAUACACAGUUCAAACUUUCGACCGACAACAAUCGUGAACAGAAACAAAGACUCUUACAUGAAUACGGCAUUGAUCUCCGUGGAAGAGAAGUAGUUUUAGAAGCAAACCGUUCAGAUUUCGCCCCAGAAGUUCGUAAUACAUUACGUGUUAAGCAAGAUACAAUAACACGUGAAAUACACAAGAAAAAGUCCGAAGACGUCUACAACAUAGACGAUCAUCGUCCAGAUAUCAAAGUAGACCUGACACCAAAUGUAGAGAAUUUCCCGGUUUAUGAAUAUAACCUAGCUUCUGAGGCUCAUUACACAGAGUCAAAGAUUAACACCAAGAAGCCUAAAAAACUUCACGAAAGUCAAGUCGAUAAAAGAAACAACGGUGACAACUCCGGUUUCUCUAGGAAGAACGUGAAAAAUCUUUCCAUCGAAAUCAUGGGUGUUUCUACAGACUCUUUAGAAUUCCAAGGAGAAACUCCUCUUGGCGACUACUAUGGCCAAUCAAGUUCCGAUGUCACUCCUAAAACAACGACAAUUCACAGAGAUUACAAUGAUCCCAACCUCUCCCUGGUCGGUUCCGAAUGUCCUGCCAUAUCGGUUCUUGGAGAUACUGGAAAUUAUUUUGUUAUAGUUGCUAUUGAUUUUGGUACCAUGUUUAGUGGUUAUGCCUUCAGUUUUACACGUGAUCCUGAGAGCAUUCAUAUGAUGCGCAAAUGGGAAGGUGGUGACCCAGGCAUCAACAACCAAAAGGCUCCAACGACAAUAUUAAUAAAUCCUAAUGGAGAAUUUGACUCGUUUGGUUACGCAGCCAGAGAUCGAUACCACGACCUGGACCCCGAAGAAGCUAAAGAAUAUAUGUACUUUGAGAAAUUUAAGAUGACACUCCACCAUAAUGCUGAUUUAACCAAAGACACAAUUCUGGAUGCAACCAACGGUAAAACGAUGUCAGCUCUCACAGUGUUCUCCUAUGCGCUAAAGUUCUUCAAAGAACACGCCUUGCAAGAAUUGUCCGAUCAGUCGGGCAUGGAGAUUGUCAACGAUGAUGUACGGUGGGUGAUUACAGUACCAGCGAUAUGGAAGGCGCCUGCCAAGCAGUUUAUGAGACAAGCAUCAUACCAGGCCGGGAUUGCAUCACCAUCGAACCCUGAACAACUUAUUAUAGCUCUGGAACCGGAAGCCGCUUCAAUAUAUUGCAGAAAGUUGAGACUCUAUCAAUUGGUACCGGAUACUCCUACAUUGCAUCCUUUAACAUCGCCAAAUAAAAAAAGUCCCGAGGUCAUCAAUAUGGACAUUGCAUGUUCGGAUUUAAUUCCCGGCAUGAGGUACAUGGUGGUGGAUUGCGGCGGAGGCACAGUUGACAUUACUGUUCAUGAGCUAGAAAGCAGUGGUCUGUUGCGGGAACUGUAUAAAGCCACAGGGGGUGCGUUUGGAGGCACUGGAAUCGACAUGGAGUUUGUUCAUUUGCUGUGUAAUUUGUUUGGCAAGAGGUUCAUUGAUCAAUUUAGGUCGGAGCGUCCAGUAGGAUGGAUGGACAUGAUGAUCGCCUUUGAAUCUAGAAAAAGAUCAGCUAGUCCAUACAAAUCCUCUCCUCUGAAUAUAUCACUGCCGUUCUCUUUCAUAGAUUACUACAAAAAAGUCAAGAAAAGCACUGUGGAGAACGCUAUCAAGAAAUACAACAACCCCAAUAUUCGUUGGUCAACUCAAGGAAUGUUGCGUUUGAGUACUGAGGAAAUGCAACGUUUGUUUAAACCGACACUAACACGAAUUAGUGAGGCGAUUGGAAAUAUUCUUAACAAUCCUGAUGCCCGAGAUUUGAAAUACUUAUUCUUGGUUGGAGGAUUUGCAGAAUCACACAUGCUGCAACAUUUUAUAAGGCGGGAAUUUGGAGAUAUACUGAAAGUAAUUAUUCCUCAAGGUGUUGGCAUGUCUAUAUUGAAAGGAGCAGUUCUAUAUGGACAAAAUCCGUCGGUGAUAAGCGUGCGGCGGUCACGACUUACUUACGGUGUUGGAGUCCUUAAUCGCUACGAUGAGAAGAAACACCCGAAAGAGAAACUGUUUUCUAAAGACGGAAUGGAUUGGUGUUCAGACGUUUUCGAUAAAUUCGUUGUGAUUAAUCAACCGUUGAAGGCAGGAGAAACAGUAAUCAGAAGUUACACCCCAGCAAAAAUUGAUCAGAAACUCAGCAUCAUAAAUAUCUACGCAUCAGACGAUGAAGAUGUAAAAUUCAUCACGGAUGCCAGCGUUCGCAAAUGUGGUACCUUGUCGCUUGAUUUGUCCACCGAGGUACCUAUCACACCGUCACGGCGAGAGAUUAAAACAAUCAUGUCGUUUGGCGAUACGGAAAUUAGAAUGGCCGCUAUUGAUGUCAUUACUGGUAAAUCGGUCAAAGCGUUUAUCGAUUUCCUCGACUGAAUGAAAAUAAAAAAGAAUUAAUAAAUCAAUGAACAAUGAAAGAAAGUCAAUGAAGCAAUCAGUUAUUCAAUGUAUCUAAGAAGUGAUCGUUAAAAAUUCUGUAAUAUUAACUAGACAUUUAUGAUGUAUCAUAUAUAUAUGUAUAUAUAUAUAUAUAUACACACAUACAUACAUAUAUAUGUGUGUAUUUAUGUAUUCUGGUACACACAUACAUAUCUACUACAUAUAUUAAACACAGGCACAAGAGCAUAUAUAAGCGUACUAUAUACGUUCAUCUAGAUCAGAUAUUAAAAACAUUGAAAUACAGAAGAAAAGUGCAUAUACCCGUUGUUAGCUCAUGAAUAUACAAACACUCAAAGAAACAUCUUUACAGUUAUAGAAAACACAUAUACACGUACACUCACAACACUUACACACUUGCUAAUAUACAUCUUAUCAAAAUACUACGCUGCAAACUAAAAGAAUAUAGUUGAGACAAGGCUUUCAGUGUUAUAUUAAUAGAACGUUGACCAUUUAAUUAAAACAUGUCUGUGUAAAUUUGAUUUGAAGUUUACCGUUCUAUUAUACAUAAAGCAACUGUCAUCAGAUAUUAUUUUCAACCCUUUUCCACUACAGAAAAUAUACUGUAGAUUUUCUUUUUGUUCUUUUUCAUGUCUUCUCAUUUUAUUUGAGGUAAGAGUUUUCGCAGGCAAUUUCAGAUUUGCAAAAUCGAUGCAGUAUUUUUUUCUUUACAAUGAUUAAUAUUCCAUAUAUUUAACAGUUUUUGCACCAUAAGUUUUUGCUGAAUAUUAAAUGAAUUAUAUAUAUUCUCGCUCUGUGUAGUUAAAAUUAAUUGAAUAAUAUUUGAAGAGUUGAUCAAACGAAAUCUGUGAGAUAACAAUAGCGAUAAUAAAAUAUAGAAGACAAUAAUAGCAAUAAUGUUGAUGAUGAUAAUAAGAAUUCUGUGAAUUAUAAUAUUGAUGCAAAUAACAAUAAUAACAAUAAUAAUUAUAAUGACAUGAGUAAUAAAAAUAAUGAUAAUAAAAUAAA